AUGAAAGCCGCCUUCAUUCCGUGCGGCUGACCAAUAACUUUUCUUCUUUGUGUGAAGUUCGCCUUUUGUUUUUUUUUUUUUUUAAUAUAUGUUGGACGCGUCAGUCUGGGCAGGCAGGGAGUGCUGGGAAGGAGUCGCGCCCACAAGCUCAUCACAAUCCACUAUACACACAGCGGCCGACUUUGGUUUGGAGGGGCUCCACAGAAUACUUCACAUGCAGUCGGAAAGGAGUUUGUGAAACCGACAAAAACAACCCCCAGACGAGGCUCGGCUAAAGACAAAAAGCUCAAAAGAGGAAAAGAAGACGGAGAGAGUCGCUGGAGAUCUGAUUCUAAAACAGCCAGAAAAAGGGGAAAUCUUCACUCUUACGAUCUACUCCAGCAUACAGAUCUUGUUUCUGAAACCAUGGCCAAUUCCGCUGAAGAUUAUGGUAACUACACGUAUGAAUAUGAGGAGUAUGAUGAUAUGGAAGACCUUAAAGUGGAUCACAGUCAGACUGAACCUAUCCACAUCAUCUCUAUAGUCAUCUACAUCACUUGCAUCACACUUGGCCUGAUUGGAAAUGGAGCCGUCAUUUGGGUGACUGGGUUUAAAAGCAAGAAGACUGUCAAUAGCGUGUGGUUGCUCAAUCUGGCUAUAGCAGACUUUGUGUUUGUGCUUUUUCUGCCCUUCUACAUCGACUACAUUUUGAAGGACUUCCACUGGAACUUCGGUCUGGCCAUGUGUAAAAUUAACUCCUUUGUUUCCGUGAUGAACAUGUAUGCUAGUGUCCUCUUUCUCACCAUGCUCAGUGUGGACAGGUAUGUCUCUCUGGUAUACCUGAACUGGUGUCAAAGGUAUCGCAAAGUAGACAGAGCCUGGCUUGUUUGUGACUGCAUUUGGCUAAUAGCUGCCCUGCUGAGCUGCCAUGCGCUGGUCUUUCGAGACAUUUUACAUGUCAGUGGUAAAGUGUUAUGCUACACUAACUAUCACGUAACAAACCAGCACACAACAGCUGCUACAAUACACACAAUAUUAGUGUCUGUCCGUCUCACUGUCGGCUUUCUUUUGCCACUUAGUGCCAUAAGCGUGACGGGCAUACUUCUGUCAAUAAAAGUGAGACAAUCCCGGGGUUUGGUUCGCAUUUCAAGCUUCUCAAAAACAGUUACAGCUGUUAUCCUGGCCUUCUUUUUCUGUUGGGCACCUUUCCAUAUUUUCGGCUUGAUGGAGUUGUUUGUACAUCACUCAUUUACAAUGCACAGUAUUUUGAGAGCUGGUUUCCCGCUAGCAACCAGUUUAGGCUUUUUCAACAGCUGCAUUAACCCGCUACUGUACAUGCUGCUUAGCAAGAAGGUGCGCCAUAUCCUCAAGGACGCGUGUCUGAACAUAACCAAGAGUUCCCUGAGAGAACUGAGCCAGUCCAUUUCCGCCACGGACAUAGAGACUAUGCACGGCAUACAUCAGGACAGCGUCCCAGACGAGCCAACAGUGUCGUCGACUCUAUGAGAGAAGGGUGACUAAUCACUGCUGUUCUUUCCAGCCUCAGUGUUUAGAUCUUCCCAUUUUGCUUCAUUUUCCACAAAGCUACGCCUGCUUCAAAUGAAAGUUGCUUUGAGUGCAAAAACUCAACUGAACUGCACUCAGCAUGCCAUUAAGUAAAUCCCUUUCCACCUUUUUAUCUGCACAGAAAGAGGCCAGAUUUACAGCUGCAACUGUUUAAAGGAUUCGAAGAAAAUGGCUGCACAAUUAUUCUAAUUAAUCGUCUAUUCACUGCAAGCAACUGACUGCUUUUACUUUUGUGAAAGUAUCUGUGUAUUGACUUUUCACUAAAGGGAAAAUCUGGUUGUUGUUGAUUUUUAUUGCAGAAAUCUUGAUCAAAGGUUUCUAACAUGUUUUUAAAUCUUGAUGCAUUUCUAUCUGUCUAAUUAUUCAGAAACGGAUAACAUUUAUUCUACAAAGAAUGACAUAUCAGGCAGGUUUUUAAUUGUAGUUUGUGGCAAAAGGUUAUAGUGUCUUGAAAAAGUAUUUAUAUAAACCUUUUUUGCAUUACAACCACAAACUUCAGUUAAUUUUAUUGGGAUUUUAUGUGAUAGACCAAGUGUCAACAACCUAAAACCCAUUUCCCCCCUUAUUUCCACUGAAUACAUUUUGUCUUGAGCCACAAGAACCUAUCUGAUCAUAAAUUUAGCUUGUUUCAUCAGAGAAUGCAACCUUACAUCUUUUUAGAUUUUAGAAUGAAAAACAAACUUUAACAAAUUUAAUGGCUUUCAUUUUCUUGAAUAUAAAGUUUCAUAAUUAUGGAAAUUUCAGGGGAAAAAAAUCUUGAUUUGAGACCCAAAAGACUACUUUUCAAAUAAUUAUGUUUUGAAAGAUCUUGCAGAUUAGAACAAAGAAAAUGGCUAAAUUCACAAUUUCUAUCCCCCUAUAUUUAUAAACAGUUUUGUUUUAUAUCAUGUUAUUUAGGGCCAGGAAGAAGAGGAGAUUCGAUUUGAAUCAAAUCUCAACUUGCUUCAAGUUGAGAUGAUUCUAUUGCAAGUUGAAAACCCUUGCAAUAGACCAAACCAUGUUGAAAGUGUGAACUUCUGAAAAGGAAGUUGUUUUACAUGCAUUUAUUUAUUUUUUUAACAUCUUUGUUUUCAUGCUCCCUGUGUGAAAGAUUAGUAGAACUGUGCGUUCAUGUGCAGUGCAUCUAUGGGACCUGACCACCUCCUUGCACAUGUUUGUUUUGUCCCCUGUAAAUCCACACCCAAUUUCAUCUACAUCAUUUAUAUUUCUAAUCCCAAUUAUGUGCUAUGUUGUGUAACAUAAAAAUAUGAAAUACAGCGAGGUUUGUGAAAGUAAUGCAAAAAUUGUGUAAAAAUUCAAGGUAUAUGAUUACUUUUGCAAACCAUUUUUAUUCAGAUUUACUCUGACUGUUAGAAUUGUAUUAUCUCAUCUAUUUAGACGUCUGCUGUAUGUUUAACAUUAUUACACAAAGGGCUUAAUAAAAAAAACGUUUUAUCCAAACAUAUUUAAAGUAAAUCUUAUAUGUCUUAAUAAACAUGUUCUUCUGAGUUGUGUCGUAA